UUUUUUUCUGUUCUUGAGCAGAGAACACUCACUGAGCUGAGGAUGUGGGGAAGACCGUGAGGGCUGCUCUUCCUGCACAUCUCAGGUGGUGAAACAGAAUCUUGUUCUUGUGCCAGCCAGGACAGUGCAUGGAUCCUGUUUCCAUCCUGGAAUGCUGAUUUUUGUCCCGUUUUCCAGCAGCAGAGCUAUUAGGGAGUGCAGGCUGCAGCACAGAAAACAACCCCUUCCCUGUGUUACAGCUUAGAAAAACUUGUAUUUCUGUUAAGAGCUCCUGCUUAGAAAUAGUCAUAUUAAAACUCUUGAAAUCAAGUUCCUUUUGUAUCUUCAUCCCUUCCAGUUGAGCAGGGUUUGUGCAAUACUUGAUAAAUCCAAAGCUGAGGUUUUCCUGGCUGCAGUUAGAAUAUAGGGAGCUGUAUUUGAAUUUCUCUGAUUUUGUGUUUUUCCUCGUUUCUAGCUGAGCACUUUACAGCUGAAGGAUGAAAAAACCAAACCAGAUGCCAAUGGUGCCGUUGUCAAGGCAGAUGACAAUGUGGAGAAGACGGAGGAUGAGGAGAAGGGACAGCUGAUCUUGUAUCCUGCCCCAAGGACUUAAUUGUAAGACAUGUCCUUCCUCCAUAACACUUUUAAAGGCAUUGUGUCCUGUUAUAACUUGGGAGACUCCUGGAUUAGAGUGGAGAGAAAUAAGGGGAUAGCAGUAUCCUCAAGGCAGGACUGGAUACAGGAGCAGUUGGAUAACCUGGAGCUGGGAUUGCUGUAGCAACCAACAAGUUGCGUUUAUGCAGUGGCUGUUCAGAGAGGACAGAGCUGCCCAGUCCUUACUGAACAAGCUGAUCCGCAGUAACCUGGUUGACACCACAAAUCAGGUGGAGGUGCUGCAGAGGGAUCCCACAUCACCUCUCUACUCUGUCAAGUCUUUUGAGGAGCUGCGCCUGAAACCACAGCUCCUGCAAGGAGUCUAUGCCAUGGGCUUCAACAGACCAUCUAAGAUCCAAGAGAAUGCCCUGCCCAUGAUGCUUGCUGAACCCCCGCAGAACCUCAUCGCGCAGUCGCAGUCCGGUACUGGCAAGACAGCUGCCUUCGUCCUGGCCAUGCUCAGCAGGGUUGAGCCUGGGAACAAGUAUCCACAGUGUUUGUGCCUUUCCCCAACAUACGAGCUGGCACUUCAGACAGGAAAAGUGAUUGAACAGAUGGGAAACUUCUACCCAGAGCUGAAACUUGCGUACGCUGUCCGAGGCAACAAACUGGAGAGAGGGCAGAAGAUCUCGGAGCAGAUCGUAAUCGGCACGCCCGGCACCGUGCUGGACUGGUGCUCCAAACUGAAAUUCAUAGACCCCAAGAAGAUCAAGGUGUUCGUGCUGGAUGAGGCAGAUGUGAUGAUCGCCACCCAGGGCCACCAGGACCAGAGCAUCCGCAUUCAGAGAAUGCUCCCCAGGGACUGCCAGAUGCUCCUGUUUUCAGCCACUUUCGAGGAUUCUGUGUGGAAGUUUGCUCAAAAAGUUGUUCCUGACCCAAACAUUAUCAAACUGAAGCGUGAGGAGGAGACCCUGGACACCAUCAAGCAGUAUUAUGUUCUGUGCAACAACAGAGAUGAGAAGUUCCGGGCUCUGUGUAACAUCUACGGUGCCAUCACCAUUGCCCAGGCCAUGAUCUUCUGCCAUACUCGGAAGACGGCGGGGUGGCUGGCGGCAGAGCUGUCCAGGGAGGGCCAUCAGGUGGCCUUGCUCAGCGGGGAGAUGAUGGUGGAGCAGAGAGCUGCUGUGAUCGAGCGCUUCCGAGAGGGCAAGGAGAAGGUGCUGGUGACCACAAAUGUCUGUGCCAGAGGGAUCGAUGUAGAGCAGGUCUCUGUUGUUAUCAAUUUUGAUCUGCCUGUGGAUAAGGAUGGGAAUCCAGACAACGAGACCUACCUGCACCGGAUCGGCCGCACCGGCCGCUUCGGCAAGCGAGGGCUGGCCAUUAACAUGGUGGACAGCAAGCACAGCAUGAACAUUCUCAACAGAAUCCAGGAACAUUUCAACAAAAAGAUAAACAAAUUGGAUACUGAUGACUUGGAUGAAAUUGAGAAGAUAAAUAACUGAAAUAGCUGCUGGAACUGGUGUGUGCCCUGCUGUGGAAGCUCUCCCACUACAAUUGGAUCAGCGUUUGGAUUGGCACAGCCUCUCAAAAGGACUCUUCAAGAUAUGAGUACACAAAAAUUACCUCAUUUUCAAAAUUGCAGUUGGACUUCAAAUUGUGCAACUAUGGGGAGGAAGAGGAAAUGUUUACAGAAGCUUUUAACAUUUCUUAGUUUAGCCUUAAAAUGGGAUGAUUGUUGGAAUUCUGAGAAAUACACUUGCCAAAAGAGAGGCAAUAGGGAAUUAUCUAAAAUUUUAAAAGGAAAAAAAACCAAAAAAAUAUUGCCUUUAAUUGGAAUAAUUUGCAGCAUUAACCUGAUCAGUCUAAAUUCAACAGCUGAAUAUAUAAUGGACAUAAGGAAUGGAAAAAAAAACCCCUAAAAUCCCCAAACAAGGCAGCUGGUUUUUGGCUAAAUACUCAACUUGUACAAACUAGGAUGUCAUUCUCUUUGGCGCUCCCCUGAGCUCUUUAAGACUCAUUUCUGGCUUUCUGAUGGAUUUGCCCUGCUUUUCCUUGCAUAAAUUGUCCUGAGGAUGUCUCCAGUAGCUCCUACUCGCAAACACAGGUGCCGUGUCGCUUUGCUGGGCAGUGUUUUCUUUUCCUUUGUCCUGGAUUUGUUGGGAUGGCCGCUCUCCCUGCCCUGGGUGGUGGUGGUGACACUACAGAAGUUCAUCCCAAGUGUUUAGCCUGGUUAAGGUGUGGGUGGGUGGGGUGGGAUGGGCAGUAUGAAGGGAACUGUACUAAUUAAUUGCCUGAUUAAAUUCACCUCUGAAUGAAAUUCACCAUGUGGUUAAAUGCACCAUGCUGUGAAGCUCAGCAUGGAUAAUGUACAGAGCUGUUUGGCUUCACCCAUCAGAUAGAAGAAUAAAAGAACAACAAAAAAAAAAACCCCAUGAUAGCCUGGAUUGACCAAAACAAUUUACCCUUAGAACACCAAAUUUACCUGUUGCAGUAUGUUUCAGUACCAGAGUUUUGAGUUCAAUUGCUCAGCCAAAUUACAGGUGGGAAGUGCUCCAUAGUGCAAAAUAGGUUGUUGGUCCCUGCCCCGGGGUGUUCCAUGGAGAAGGAAAGAUUCUCAGCUCCUGGAGAAGGAAGGGUAACGCCUGCUGUGUGUUGGGACCACUCUUGUGCACACAGCUGGAUGCUGUGGGCUGUUCCCCCAGCCCAGUCUCCAGGAGAAGGAGGCUCCUGAACAGAACUUAGGGUGCACAGCUCUGUGUUUGGGGGAAAUGGGACAUGCAUGAGCAGCCAUGGGCCUGCUACUCAGUGUGGGAAUCAUGUCAAAAACAAAUGUAUAAAUUGUAAAUUUAAACUGAAUUGUUUUCUUUGCAAUUUUGGCCAUCAUAUUCUGUUCAAAGACAGGAAUAUGGAUCCUUUUACCAAGUAAAAAAAGGCUCAUUUAAAAUGUACCUAAAAUUUUAGGAAAUUGUGCACCCUUUUAUCAAUUUGUAUAAAGGCUUUAGUGAAGAAAAAAAAAAAAAAACAGCUUAAAAUUAAACUUUUUUGUAUUCUGGGGUGUAUCUAUUUUUAUUCUGUUGGAAUCCUAUUUAAAGUGGCAGGUGAGUGAGUGCUUGUGUGUGGAGUGGAAGACUUGAUUUAAUCACCUACUUUCCUAGUACAGCUGAAUGACCUGGUGACAGCAGAGUAUUGGGUUGAAUUGUCAUGGAAGCUGCUGCUGGUCCUGUGUGCUGUUUCUAAUGUACUUUUAAUUGGAAUUAAAGAACACAUACUGAACAA